GAGGCGGCGCUGCGGCCGGGCUCAGCGGCCUCCCCCGGAGCCCCGCGCGGGCAAGCGGGCGGCUUCCCCGCUGCCCUGGCCGGGCCGGACACAAAGGGCUGAGCUGAGGAGGGUUUUGUUCGGUCACGUGAAGCGGCGCAGCCAGUGAGCGAGGAGCUGGGAGGGGGAGCGGGGCCGCCGCCAUUGCCAGGCGCUGAGGAGCUGGGGGAGCCCGGCGUCGCCUCAGGGGCGCGGGAUUGCCGGGCGGCAGAGCCGAGAGGAAGCUGGGGCGCGGGGAGGAGAGGAUUACAUGAUGAGCUGAUUUUGAAGACUGCAGGAGUGGAGUGAUUAGACAGAGAAAAUAAAUCUUGAAAAGCUGCUAACGGAUCACUUAGAUGCAGAGAGAAUUCAGCAAUUCCCUUACUGGAGAAGAGUUUAAGCAGAGUGCAUGGAGGAGCAGUGCAGUGUGACAGUCCUAUUACACUGACUUAUAAUCAGAGCUGUUGUUGCAAACCUGUCAAUAAGAUAGUAAAGUGAUGUGGUGUAGAAAUAUUAAUGAAUUACAACCAGAAUUUGCAAUCAACUUCAGAAUAUUAAUUUAUGUAUUACUUCCACAGCCAUCUCAAUUAAGCUUUUAAAACUGGAUGUUUGUCUUGCGUCAAAAAGUGACAUUCUGUUUCUCAAAUAAACAUGUAUGAGAGAAGGGAUGCAAAAAUAAAUUGGUCACUAAUUUCACUAAUUUCUUUUCUUGUAAUGGAAAUAACUAAAGGAAAGCCAGAACACUGUGUCUGUAUACUCCUUGUAUGACUUUCAUACAUUUUAAUAUAAAACUCUGCAUUUCAGUGCUUUUCCUCUGAUUUCAGUGCAACACCUUUCCCUCUCCUACUUUCUGAAUUUUCUGCAGAAUAUGCAAUAUCUAUAAAUCGUUUAGAUUCAGUAGUGCUAGAUGCUAUCUACAAAACAAUACAAAGUACUUAUAAAGUUUUUGAGUUAAAAAUGUUUUCUUGCAGUGUUAUCUUGAAACCUAUCUCUGCUGUUUCCAUUUAGCUGACCUGGGUAGUCAGAAGAGAAGAUGAUGAUGACUUUGAGCAUCCUACAUGUCUUCUCUAGCAAUGUAACACUUGACUGGAACAUAUGUCAGAGUGGUAGCGUCAGCAGUUGAAUAAACAGGAUAAUGAACAAUGGUUUGUUUUAAAUCAGACCUCACAGCUUGAUACAAAUAAAACAGACAACGUAUAAAUGUGCUUAGUAGACAGACCAGCAAUAUGGAUGAUUCAAAGAUAAAUACUGAGAUUACUGGUGCUAAAGAAGGAUUCCUAGAUGACAGCAAUUUCAUCUCCGAGGGAGAAAGUGGCAUUCCUAAACCACAAGAGAGUGAAACAUCAUUUCAGAAAAACAAUAUAUUGACUCUGCCGGAAGAGCUGUCAAGGGACAGAUCUGAAAAAGCCUUAAGUGGAGGCCAGAAGUCUCUGUUUAUACAUACUGGUGCUCCUACUGUUUCUACCGAAAACUUUAUCUUGCCUAAAGGAACUGCUGUUAAUGGACCAGUUUCACACUCCACCUUAACUAAAACUUCCAUUAUGAAUAAAGGCAGUGUUUCAUUAACCACUGGACAACCUGUGGGUCAUACAGAUUCCUGCUUAACUUUGCCAGUGGUACAUGAUCUCCAGUUGCCUGCAAAGAGUACAACACAGAAAUCAAGUCAACACCAAGUGUUAUUUUUGUUACCUGAUGUAGCACAGGCUAAGAACCUGACUCAUUCCAUUAAAAAUCUACCUACCUCUGCUUCAGUUGGUUGUGAUACACAGAAAUCUAUAGGAAAUAGUGUGAAAUCAGAUAGCACUUUAAUAAGCCAAGUAGAAGUGUGUGAGGAUAGCAAAAGUUUACUAGUAGACGAUGAUUGUGUCAAUACAUUAACAGGAAAUUCCUCAGGUACAGGUGGUUUCAGAUCAGGAAAUGAUACAAACUGGGAUCCACAAAAAGAGUUUAUACAGUUUCUUAUGACAAAUGAAGAAACAAUAGAGAAGUCUCCAGUUCACUGUAAAGUAAGUCUAGAGAAAAAGAGAAAAAGAAAAAUGGAUGUUAGCAAGAUAACACGUUAUACAGAGGACUGUUUUGAUGAUACAGAUUAUAUUCCCAGUAAAUCAAAAUUACUAAAUGUUGACUAUUUAGAGCAGAGUGAGGAUCUAGAAGUAGUGGAACCACAGAAAUAUGCAUUAACAAAAGUGAAGCCUGAAUCAACAGAUGAGGAGUUAGAAGCUGUUGAUGCUAUUCAACAAUUGAUUUAUAGUCCUACUAACAAAUGUGCAGAAGAUACUUCUCCAGUUCACACUAGCACUUUUCUUUCUAGUACUUUAAAAAACAAAUGUGAACAGAAUGAUUCAGAAUCACCAUCUACUUUUAGUACUGAUGAGCCAUCGUUUUAUCCUUGUACAAAGUGCAAUGUGAAUUUUAGGGAGAAGAAACACCUGCAUAGGCAUAUGAUGUAUCAUUUGGAUGGGAACAGUCACUUCCGUCAUCUCAAUGUUCCAAGACCCUAUGCAUGUAGGGAAUGUGGACGGACAUUUCGAGAUCGUAAUUCACUUCUUAAGCACAUGAUAAUUCACCAGGAAAGAAGGCAGAAACUGAUGGAAGAAAUCCGGGAGUUGAAAGAACUCCAGGAUGAGGGUAGAAGUGCACGAUUACAGUGUCCACAAUGUGUAUUUGGUACCAAUUGUCCCAAAACAUUUGUGCAACAUGCUAAAACCCAUGAAAAGGAUAAAAGAUAUUACUGUUGUGAGGAAUGCAAUUUCAUGGCUGUGACAGAAAAUGAACUGGAAUGCCAUAGAGGGAUUGCUCAUGGAGCAGUAGUGAAGUGUUCAAUUAUCAGUAGUGAUAUCUCCCAGAGAAAAACACAGAAAAAGACUUCAGUGAAAGAUCCAUAUGUAGGCUCAUCAAAAAAGUCAACCACAUAUAUGUGCAAAAUGUGUCCAUUUACUACAUCAGCGAGAAGCAUUUUAAAAAAACACAUGGAAUACUUGCAUCCAACAUCGUGCAUUGAUCCAUUUGGUAGCCAUCUUAGAUUAGAAAAAAGGAAAAGCAGCAUAAUUGAAGAACCUUUAGAUUUUGGUAGCAGAACUAAACAUUUGAUCAAACAAUCAUCUACAUUUCCAAAGAAUUCUGUUCUAAAGCAAGAUGUAAAAAGAUCAUUUGGCUCAGCUUCACAAUCCAGUAACUUUGCGAAACUUCACAGGAGACCCCACAGGAUACAGAAGGCUCGGAAAAGCGUUUCACAGUCAGCUGUAAGUGUGUGCAAUCAAAACUCUACAAACAAGACUAUUUUGAUUAAAAAUAGCAUUGACCAAAAACCUAAAUAUUUCCAUCAAGCAGCAAAACAAAAAGCUAGUGUCAAAACAAGCAGUAAUUAUUUAUAUAGGCACAAAUAUGAAAACUACAGGAUGAUUAAAAAAUCUAGUGAUCCUUAUCCUUUACAUUUUAAAAAGGAAGAGUCCAGCUCUGUUAGUUCUUUACAUUUAUUUUCAUCAUCAAAUAGUCCCCAUAAUAAUUGUUUUAUGAUGGAUUCUCAUAAUCUUGAUUCCAAAAGCCCAGAAGGCUAUAAAGAUCGUAGGCGUGUAGCUGUAAAAAGAGUGGUUAAAGAGUCUAAGAGGGAAGGCUCUGUUACAGGAGAUGAUUUGGAUUGCUAUCCAGAUUUUCUACAUAAAAUGACUGUUGUUGUUUUACAGAAACUUAACUCUGCUGAAAAAAAAGACAGCUAUGAAACGGAGGAUGAAAGUUCAUGGGAUAAUGUUGAACUAUGUGAUUACACUGCACAGUCUAUGGAGGAUGAAUCUUACAGUGAUAUUAAUCAGGAUCAUGUAAACCUAUUCCCUUUAUUCAAAGGUAAAAUGGAGGAUCAAGAAGCUGGUGAUAAAUCCUCUCUUCAUUAUGAGCAGAAUGAUGGUUUUUAUUUUGAGUAUUAUGAAGAUGCAGAGAGUAGUAACUUUCUGCAUGAAUUACAUGAUCCUCAAAAUUUAGAAAACGUAGGAACAGCAUUGCCAAAGCACAACUCAGUUUUCCAUUGGACUGAUUUAUCACUUGAGAAGAAGUCCUGUCCAUACUGUCCAGCAACAUUUGAAACAGGAGUUGGAUUGUCUAAUCAUGUUCGUGGGCAUCUUCACAGAGCUGGAUUAAGCUAUGAAGCCCGCCAUGUUGUUUCACCGGAGCAGAUAGCGACAAGUGACAAAAUGCAGCAUUUCAAAAGAACUGGAACAGGAACCCCUGUUAAACGAGUUAGAAAAGCUAUUGAGAAAUCCGAAACUUCUUCUGAACACACAUGCCAGCUCUGUGGAGGUUGGUUUGAUACAAAAAUUGGAUUGUCUAAUCAUGUGCGAGGACACCUGAAAAGGCUUGGCAAAACCAAGUGGGAUGCACACAAGUCUCCAAUCUGUGUUCUAAAUGAGAUGAUGCAAAAUGAAGAAAAAUAUGAAAAAAUCCUAAAGGCAUUGAACAGUCGCCGUAUUAUUCCCAGACCAUUUGUCGCUCAGAAACUUGCUUCAAAUGAUGACUUUUUAUCUCAAAAUGUUAUACCUCUUGAAGCAUACCGUAAUGGCCUAAAGACUGAAGAUAUUUCAGUGUCUGCAUCGGAGGAAGAAGGUCUGAGUUUCCUAAAUGAAUGUGAUGAAACAAAAACAGUACUACAUGAUGAAAAAAAAAAUCAGUCACUUACACUGAUAGAACUUCUGAAAAAUAAAAGGUUAGGAGAAGAAAGGAAUCCUGAUAUCUCUUCUCAAAAGAUCCAUAAUCAAACUGCAAGGAAGAGGUUUGUUCAGAAAUGUGUUCUUCCAUUAAAUGAAGACAGUCCAUUGAUGUAUCAGCCGCAACGAAUGGACUUGACUAUGCAGUCAGGUAUGCCUGUGAAGCUUAGAACGUGUGUGCAUUGCAAUACGACGUUUACAAGUGCUGUUAGUCUGUCCAACCACUUACGCGCUUAUGCACGAAAGAAGAGUGCUGGACUUUUGACUGGGACAGCCUUAGAUUGUAAGCAAAAAAAGUCAAGAUCAAGAUCUGGAAGCAAGAAAAAAAUGCUGCCAUUACCUCAUAGUGCUGAUGAAGUUUACAUACUCCGAUGCAGGUUUUGUGGUCUGGUCUUUCGAGGACCAUUGUCUGUUCAGGAAGACUGGAUAAAGCACUUGCAGAGACACAUCGUCAAUGCAAAUCUUCCACGGACUGGGGCUGGCAUGGUUGAGGUCACAUCGCUACUUAAAAAGCCUGCUGCAAUUACUGAAACUUCAUUUUCUUUACUGAUGGCAGAAGCAGCAUCAUAGAACAAGGAAACCUUUUAAAUUUGAAUUGGAUGUAAAUUUGAAAUACUUUGUCAUUUUUUAAAAAAUAUUGCUACACUAAAUUAUGUUUAUAAAUCCUAAAGCCAGAGAAGUAGGGAAAGUGAAUUACAGUAACAUCAAAACAAAUUGAGUACUUAACAGUUACAGUAAGUAGUCUUUAUAUUUUAUAUAGGGUGGCAGAUGUGUUUUUAAGGUUUACUAUGUUUUUGUCAGUUACUGUGUUCACUAUCAAUACAAGAUCAUUACAUGUAAGCAGCCAUUUUUAAAUUGUUGCACAUGGGUACUUAUAGACAGAUUUUAAUAAAAACAAACCAUGCCCUCUGCAGUGUUACCAGAAUCAAGGCUCUGUUUAUUCAAAAAACAAAAACAAAAAAACACACACACACAAAAAACACACUUGCAUAGUAAAAUAAGAUAUUAUAUUUUGUUUGUAUGUAUGUAGUGUUUUGUAUAAUACCAAGAACCGCUAAUACAACUUACUCAACUUAGGGCAUUAAAUAUCAUGUACUUCUUAGUUCAAGAGACUGUUUCAUUCAAAUAGGGCAAUUAGUACUAUUCCAUCUAGGUGUGUAAGUGUUGUUUUUUUUAAAUCAUAUGAGGCUUUUUUGUACUAAAAAGUGGAGGGAAACUUGUUUAAACAAAUAUUUCUAAGAGAAAUAUGUACAUAGUACUGGAAAUUAUUUGUGGUAAGGAAGUAUUCUUUACUUCAGUUGCAUUUCUCACUAACAAUAAAGUGGUGCAUCCAUGCUACCUCCUACUUUGUCAACAAAGAUGUCAUUUACCCUUUGUUUUUGUAUCAUAGUAGAUUCAAAUCCAACUUUCUUUAUUGCAAAGCAUUUUUUUAAAGUUUGUUUCCUUAUGAUGUUUUACUUAAAGUCUGACUUGCUUACAGAACAGUUUGCCUCUGUACUACUUUAUUUAACACUGUAGAAAUGUACUAAUAAGAACUGCUCACUACACAGUUUAGGACUAGACUUUUCAUUUAUAAUUCUGUUUAAAUUUUUUUGAUCAUUUUAACAAAUUUGAACACAUUGAAAUGUUUCUACAUAUGAAGAGAAUGUUUACAAUUUAAAUUUUAGAACUUGUUUUGGAUGUGAUUCUAUGUAUGAAAACUGUGUAACACUAUGCUCAUGCUGAGGACCUACUUGCGGAAUUACUGAAUAAAUGUGCUGUGAGGAUGGACAAUAUGGUGCAGGUGUCUUGGUCAUGAUAAAUUGUGUUUGUUCAUUUAAAUUGUCAUCAAAACGUGAUUUAAUUUUUUAAUCAGUAAAUCAGAUUCCUCUACAAAUCAGUUUUGUAUGCAAGUAACAUUUCAUUUUAUUCAUGUAGGGUAACUAAAGCAGUAGUUAAAUCAAGAAUAUGCAUUGAUAUUUUCUUUAUAUGUAAAUAAAGUUAAAAGCAGUUAAAGCAA